AUAUUUAUCCUGAGGGCAUUAAAUAUCUACAAGAAAAAUUAGACUCACAAUCUCCGUUAAAAAAACUAACACUUGGAAGAAAUUUUAUGAUUGCAAUUAAUGUAGCUAAAAGCUUGAUUGCAAUUUAUGAAAAUGACAAAGGGACACUUAAUACAUAUAGGCUUGAUGAGGAACAAGAUAAUAUUCAUUUACAAUAUCGACAUAUUCAAAUUAGUCAAUGGUACAAUUUAAAUAUUCCCAAGAUAGCUCAUUUCUUUUUUAUUAAAAAUACUGAAGAUGUUUGUUUUGUGGAAAAAAAUGGGCAAGCUCGAAUCUACAGUUUGAUAAAUGGUAAUUUUCGACCUGGAGCAGCUCAACUUCCAAAAAAUUGCACCAAAGUAAUCAGCGCACCAGAUGGAACUUGUUUUGUUGCAUUUGUGAAAGAAAAACUCGCCAUUAAAACAUCUAAAUUUGAAGAUAAAGUAAUGGAGACAAAUUCUAAGAAUUUGUGGGAAAAAAUGCAAGACGACAUUUUUGAGAUAAAUGACAAGUCUGAAUCAUCAAGUCCUAAUGAAACUGGAUUAUCAAGUAACAAUAUUGCCAUCAUUUCUCAAAGAAAUAUAGAUAGUUCGACAGAACCGGAAUUAUCAAAGGAUAUUGAAACAUAUAAAA